AUGAGGGAGCACACCUACACGCUGCUCGAGACGUUGGAGCGAGUUGAAUAUCAGGUCGAAGAUUUAGAGGUCGAUUGGUUCCAUGAAAGAGGGGAGCUUGAGGAGGUGCGCAUGAGACAUCUUGAAGAGGUUGAUGAGUUGCAAAGAAAGCAUGAUGAGGAGCUUGAGAGGCAGCAGGAGUGCAUUGAUGCAUUGGAAGAAGAAGUCCAAUUUCAGCAGGCAAUGCUGGAUGUCCUCAAUGACAAUGUCAAAUGGCUAGAGGUGGACAAUGAUCGCUACAAGAAUGGCAUCAAAGGGUUUAUUAGCAGAGGCGUUCAAGAUGGUAUGAACCACAGGGAGACACUUGCAUCAAUGAGAGACACCAUUGUUCAGCUCUUUGACAGCACUAACUUGUAA